AUCCCCCCGAACAGUAUUUCUAUCGGAUCACUCUCGAUCGGUCGUUGUCAGUGGACGGAACAAACAACUUGGUAGAAGGGAAAAUUCCAAUACAAGUGACAAAUGGCGAAGAAAACAAACCUUGGAGCCGUAAUUCACGGGGUUGAAGAUAUGCGGAUGGAACAAGUUCCAAUCCCUACGCCGCGGGAUAACGAAGUGCUGGUGGAGAUGGAUUGCGUGGGCAUCUGUGGAUCCGAUGUGCAUAUUUUGACCCACGGAGGUUUUGGAGAGUAUAAAUUAAAGCAGCCGAUGGUGAUUGGGCAUGAAUCCUCCGGGGUAGUCAUUGGUACCGGUAAGGCAGUAAAACGGUUGAAAAUUGGUGAUCGCGUUGCACUUGAACCAGCAAUUGGCUGUAAGGUAUGCAAGUUGUGCAAGCAGGGACGGUACAAUCUCUGCCCGGAUGGUAUCUACUGUGCGACUCCACCGAUACACGGAACCCUGCAGAAUUACUAUACCCACGUGGAAGAUUGCUGCUUUAAGCUCCCACCGAAUGUUACCAUGGAGGAAGGCGCUUUGUUGGAACCUUUGGCAGUGGGAGUUCACAGUUGUCGAAUUGCCGGAGUUACACUCGGUUCUAAUGUGCUCGUUCUUGGAGCUGGACCGAUUGGAAUGGUGACGGUUUUAGUAGCUAAAGCCAUGGGAGCAGACAAGAUUUGCGUUCUCGAUUUAGUCCAGAGUAAACUCGACAUCGCUGAAGACAUUGGAGCUGAUGUGACGCUGCUGAUCAAGAAAGGUGACAAAGAGGAAGAUAUCGUCAAGAGGAUUCAUCAGCUGAUGGGUGGUGCUCCGGAUAUAACGAUCGAGUGCACAGGAGCCGAGCCUUGCGUUCGUCUCGGUAUUUUGGCCACCGAAAUCGGUGGGGUGCUGACACUCGUGGGCAUUGGCUCGACUAACAUGAACCUACCGAUAACGAUCGCUCUGGUUCGCGAGGUGGAAAUUCGAUCCGGUUUCCGGUACGCCAAUGCCUAUCCCGCGGCCCUGGCUAUGGUAGCAAAUGGAACGAUCGAUGCUACGAAACUAAUCACGCAUCAUUUUGAUCUGAAAGAAUCGGUUGAGGCGUUCAAAACUUCUCGCUACGGUCUGGAGGGUGCGAUCAAGGUUAUGAUUCACUGUCAGCCUAGAAAUAAGAACAAUCCGGUGAAGAAACUUUAAACUUGACUCAUAACUAUAAAAGAACCAAAGUACUUUUUCGCCAAAUACAGUUUGAAAGCACA